UAGGAAUGACCAAAGAAAAGAUAACCACCAUUAACCAAACCAUCUUCGUCUUCUUCAUUUGGUGGACCAUUCUUGAAGCUUCGAAAUAGUCAUCAACAGCCAGCGAAAGAGGACAGGAAACGACGAUCUACAAAGAAGGAUGAAUUCCGGCAUCCUGAGAAAUGGCCGGAUAAUCUCGCUUUCCAUUCACAGAACCUGCCUCUUGCUGCACCAAAGGCAUUCCAUAACGGAAUCAAUCGGAGCUUCCGUCGUCCGAAAUGAUAAACACUACUUGAGAUCUUAUUUUCGUUCAUCGCUUUUAAGAAAAUCAAGGACCAAAGAGGUCCAAUUGCCUGUUCCUGCUCCUGCUCCUGCCAAUCCAAUUUCUUCAUCUUCGAAUUUAGGAGUCGUCGGAUGGUACUUGGCGAUGGUCAAAGCUCGUCCAAUUCUCACCAAAAGCAUCACUUCUGCCCUAGUUUACACUGCUGCUGAUUUAUCUUCUCAGACAAUUUCUAAACCAACAUCAGAGAGUUAUGAUUUGGUGAGGACAUCACGCAUGACAGCAUAUGCAAUGGUGAUUUUGGGACCAUCACUCCAUUUUUGGUUUACUUUCAUUUCGAAAACCUUCCCAAAACGCGAUCUUAUAACCACACUGAAGAAAAUGCUGCUAGGACAGACAAUAUAUGGACCUACAAUGACAGUUAUCUUCUUCUCAUCAAAUGCAGCUAUAAGAGGUGAAACUAUACCUGAAAUAGUAGCUAGAUUGAAACGAGACUUGAUCCCUACAAUGAAGAGUGGUAUUAUGUACUGGCCUAUAUGCGAUUUUGUGACAUUCAGAUUCGUCCCUGUUCAUUUGCAACCACUGAUGAGCAACUCAUUCUCGUAUUUGUGGACUACAUACAUUACAUACAUGGCAAGCUUAGACAAGGCAAGUACCCAUUAAACAUUCCUAGUUCUUUUUAGGGUUGAUUAACCCAAACAUUAACAUUGUUAAUAUUACUAUUAUUAUAUGAAAAACAUUCAAAUCUUGUCAAAUGUGCAUGCAUAUAUCAUUAUCA